CUGCAAAGAAAGUAUUGCAAGUGUAGUGGUCAUCGGCUAUUGCAUCUAUCUUUCAUAAAAAUCGUUUUAAUAAAUGUUUGUCCAUAUGAAGAAAUUGAAAUAGUAACAGUACGUGAGCCAUGCGUGCAAGCAUAUACGAAGUAUAUAAGAAGCCGAAAACGUGGUUGUAAUGGACAAUUUCGAUCUUGUUCUGUUCGAGAGCCUAAGAUAGUUUAUUAUCGAACUUACAAGAAUGUUACACGAACUAGAAGACAUAUCACUGCACAAUGCUGUGCUGGUUGGAUUCAGCUCCCAGGCAAGGAUGGCUGUCAAAGAGCAAAUUGUACCUCAGAGUUAUGUCAUAACGGAGGAACUUGUCUUUUGUCUGAAACGGAAACAAAUGAUAAAAUUUGCAAGUGUCCUGCAGGAUUUCAAGGAACUCGAUGUCAAUAUGACAUAAAUGAAUGCUUAAUUGCAAAUGGUGGAUGUUCUCAUGAUUGCGUAAAUACGAUUGGUACAUAUUAUUGCCGUUGUUUUUCUGGUUUUGAGUUGGAUGAUAAUGGAAAAUGCAGUGACAUUGAUGAAUGCCAAUUUGAAAAUGGUGGUUGUGAAUUUCGAUGCUUGAAUACAGAAGGUGGAUUUCGAUGUGAGUGUCCACCAGAAAUGCAAUUACAUUCUAAUGGCCGAAAAUGUGUUCAACAAAAUUCGUGUGCUAAGAAAAAUGGUGGAUGUGAUCAUAUAUGUGAAGAACGACAAGGAAGAUACCAUCGGUGCAGAUGUCGACAUGGGUACAAAUUAGCUACUGACAAGAGAAAAUGCUAUCCCAUUGAUCCAUGCGCUAUAAAUCGUGGUGGUUGCGAACAACACUGUAUGAAUGAUCACGGAAGAGCAGUAUGCCAAUGUUAUCAUGGUCUCAGGAUAGGAACUGAUCAGAAAUCUUGCGUUGGUUUAUGUCGAUGCUACCCUGGAUUUCAGUUGAAAAUAGAUGGACAUCGAUGUGAACCGAUAGCUGAUCCAUGUCAGAUGCAGAAUGGAGGCUGUGAUCAUACUUGUAAAAGUGAUGCAAAUGGCAAGAUACAAUGUUUAUGUAAGCCUGGAUUUGAAUUAUCAGAUGAUGGCAAGAAAUGUUCAGGUACAAAAUUGCUAAAAAUUUUUGAAAAAAAAAUUUCGUUAAAAAAAAUAUGUAGUCAAUUGAGUAUUUCCACAGAUAUUGACGAAUGUGCAGAAGGCAACGGUGGUUGUAAACAGUUGUGUAUAAAUUUACCAGGAAGUUAUCAGUGUUCUUGUAAAAUCGGCUUCCUGAUGAUUUAUGAUGGACAAACAUGUGAAGACAUUAAUGAAUGUAUUGCGAAUAAUGCUGGCUGUGAACAUCACUGUACAAACACCGAGGGUGAUUACAUUUGUUCAUGCAAAAAAGGAUAUAGUUUAGCUUCUGAUAAGCAUUCUUGUCACGAUAUAAACGAAUGCUUAAUUAACAAUGGUGAAUGCAGCCAUAUAUGCAGAAAUGAAGAAGGUAGCCACUAUUGUGAAUGUCUCCGUGGUUUCAGGCUUGCAAAAGAUCGCAAGACUUGCUUAGGUGUGCAUUUUUACCCCAGCUGGCUCAAACUUGUGAUGUCAUAUACUUUGCAGAAAAAAAAGACGUUUACAGGUAAAUGUCGUCGUGAUAAGAGCGCUUGUGAAUGUGCUGCAGGCUACGAAGGUAUAAUUUGCGAAAAAGUAUGCGAAGAAGGUUCGUGGGGGUUAGCUUGUAACAAAACUUGUCAAUGUGAUGGCCAAACUUGCCAUCAUGUCACUGGUCACUGCGACUGUCCAUUAGGUGCUCAUUGUGAAGACACUUGUCAGCCUGGCUUCUAUGGAACUUCGUGUAGUUUACCAUGCCGGAUGAACUGCACUGAUAAACGAUGCGACCGAAAAUAUGGUUAUUGUAUUUGUCCUGCUGGUUAUCAUGGUGAAAAAUGUAAUGAAACUUGUUCGAAGCAAAGUUACGGUCCAAACUGUCAUCAAAUGUGCAAAUGUCAUACGAAAUAUUCCGAAGGAUGUGAAUCGAAGACAGGGAAAUGCAUUUGUAAAAGUGGUUACUAUGGACCAUUCUGCGAACGGCGUUGUCCAAUUGGCUUCUAUGGGCCAUCUUGUUUGAAAAAGUGCCUUUGCACAAAGAAUCAGCACUGUGAUUCAGUUACUGGUCGCUGUUCCAAAAAGUGUCCUCCAGGAUACACUGGUGAUCGCUGUGUAACUCCAUGUCCAGCUGGUAUGUACGGAUAUAACUGCAGUGAAAAAUGCAAAUGCGCUCACGAGAGAGCUCAAAUUUGUCAUCAUGUCACUGGAACGUGUACAUGCCCUCCUGGUUAUUUUGGAGCUUUGUGCGACAUGCCGUGUCCUAUGGGUUAUUUUGGUCCGAAUUGUCUAUAUGAAUGCGCUUGUGAAAACGGUGGUUCUUGUAAUCCCAGUGAUGGCUACUGUAUUUGCCCUCCAGGAUAUUAUGGAGCUACUUGCAGCGAAGUUUGUCCUAGCAGUAAUUUCGGCCAGGACUGUAUGCAAUUAUGUGAUUGCUACAAUGGUGCCACAUGCAAUUCUUCUGAUGGUUCAUGCAAAUGUUUGACCGGUUGGAGUGGUCAAAAGUGUGAUAAACUAUGCGAAAAAGGUUAUUUUGGAGUAAACUGCAGUCAAAAGUGUGAAUGUGACCGCGGAAUGCUAUGUGAUCCAGUUGACGGACAAUGUGCUUGUCCAACGGGAUACCGUGGUAGCAAUUGUGAGCUGCAAUGCGAGCAAGGUCAUUUUGGUAUUGGCUGUAAAGACAUAUGUUUAUGCAAAAACAAUGCAACAUGUGAUUCUGUUACUGGUACCUGCAUCUGCAAGCCAGGUUGGCGUGGUCGAUAUUGUCACAAACCAUGUCCUGAUGGACGAUACGGUUUAGAUUGCAAAAAUGUUUGCAACUGCUCCUCUUCAGAAGACACUCAAACAAUAUCUGCCACACAAUGCCAUCCAAUAACUGGAAAAUGCUUUUGUUUUGAUGGUUGGACUGGAUCUGACUGUCAAACUCCAUGUCCUUCAAACAGGUAG